CAGGUUGUGUAGGCGAACGGUAGCGGGAUUACCCUGGCUAAAUUUAGACUUGGUUUUGCGAAAUACUUGCCUUUAUGAAGUUCAAAGAAACCUAUUCACAGCACGUGACUCUGAUUAGCCAAUCAAUAUCGGCACUUAAGCUGAAGUGACGCAUUCGUUUGAAUAGUCGAAAUAAUGUUAUUGUCAGCACAUGAUUCGCUGCAGAUGGCAUAUUAUAUCAUCUUGUGAGUUCAUUCUGAAGGAUUCACCAGGAACUAGGAUAAAGGUCAAAGGAUAUAUUUCAGUUUUCUACAUGCCCCUCGCUUCCGUAAUGGACAGUCACGUGGUAUAAACACUCAGUCGACAGUUUGAGGAUUCAGAGUUACAUCUGCGUUUGUUGUGGAUGCAUAACGUUCCUGGUGGGUAAACGUUAGGUGUUUGGUGUUUGGUCCAAUCAAGGGACAAGAUGGAAAAUCCUGUCGUUACAAGGGACCAGAGCCCGUCAAGUGUGAUGCAUAGUCGCCAUGGAGAUGGUGUUCAGGGUGUUUCUGGAGUUGGUGAGGCGGGGCAAAAUGUACAUGGCGUACAUGGAGGUCCUUCUGCUGCUUCCAACCACAUUCGUACCAAAGAGCACGAUGGGGCCUCUAUCACGUCUUUAGAUUCUGUAAAAUCACGGGAUAAUUCUGAGGCUGAACAUAAAACUGAUCUGAGUGUAAGCAGUAAAUGGAAAGUUACUGAAAGGCUUGAUGAGAAACUUCUUGCCUCUCGCAAACCACCAUUACUGGCUCCAGUUGUUAAGUGGAUGUGGACUAUACUGAUUGGAGUAUUUCUUCUCGCAUGCCUGUCAGCCGGCAAGCUUUCCGUCGUGGGUCUGGCAGAGAGACUCAACAACUCUACCAAAGAAGCUAUUUCUGCGAGCACCAGAGAGGGGAGGAGAGAAGCUACUCGUGUGUUUCUGAUGCUCGCCCUGAUUUUACUUGUGCCGUACUGUUUCAAUUUCCUAAGAGCUGUGAUCCUCUCUUUAUUCCGGAAGGACAUGCCGUGGCCAAGCAUCAAGUCUUUGAUAAUAGGUAUUGCUGCUGCUGUACUGGAAUCGUUUGGAGUGUGUUUGUUUGCGUUGAAGGUUUUGGUGAAAUACAAAGGCUACCUCACCAUACUUCUGAUGAAUGCUGUGCUCGUUGUUCCACUUGUUGUCAACACAGUUUACUACGCAAUCCACAGACGACGACAUCGAAGGGGCACGGCAGUCUGUGCCAUUUCCGCGUUGGCGUGCGUGUUUCAACUUGCUGGUUUUGGAUUAGUUCUGUUUCUGGUUCUAGAACAGGACACGAAUAGUGACAUAUGGCAUGCCUUAGUUUCCAUUGCUUGUCUCACUGUAGCUUGGGUCCCAGUCAUACAGAAACUGACUGUAAAAUCGAAACUUGAAACAGAUGCCAGUUCCAGCUCAGGAGAAAUAGCUUACUCCAGGAUAGGAGACACCGAGACUCACUCUGCAGGACCCGGAUUGCAGUCAGCAGGUUCAUCAUGGAAGAUGGGAAUCAUAUCCAACUUUGUCAAAGCUGUGUUUGUGUUGGUUUUCAGCUACAUAUUGUUUUACGUUGACGGCAACAUCUAUUCAACUGAAAUGCUGUUGAAGAAUGAGACGUAUGAAGAUUUCCUUGCAGCCUGGAAGUUUGUCAUCAACAGUAACUGUAAUUACUUCCUCACUAACAUACAUGCAACAUUGGUCGGAUACUUUCUUUCCUUACUUGCCUGUCAGACUGCUGUACACAAAUGGGCCUUUGCUAUCCCAAUCUGUCUAACUUGCCCUCUGUUCGUGGUAGUUUUGCUGGUGAAAAGUUGCUGUUUAGUCGCCUUGCCUUUCUCUCGGGGCGUGUGUGUAGACGACAACAGGAACCUAUGGGCUGUGAUAGUAGCGACAGCUUGUUUCUGUCUCGCUCAUCUUCAUUGUACAACGCUGCUGAUUUUCAGAAGCAAGUUCAUCCCACCCCAAAAGGAAUCAUCAAUAUUCUGGCUGCCAUCCUACAAUGGCGUUCUGCUGGAGCAGUGGUUGAUCCUCAACAGGCAGACAGAGCAAAGAGAGCAACCACGCCCAACCCACAGGAGGAGUCGAGUGUACAUCUGUACGACCAUGUACAGAGAGACACAAGACGAGAUGAGACAACUUCUCCAGUCCGUCAACCAAAUCAACGUGGCUCGUUUUCAUAAUGACAGGUUCUUCGAGUCACAUAUCAUGUUCGACAGUGGAAUACGGAAGAAAAAUAUCUCAGAAUUUCCUCUUCAGCUCCUGACUCUGAUCCAAGAAACUCUAGGUAUCCUGACAGACAACUGCACGAAGGUGGAGACGCCAUAUGGGAUGAAGUUGAGCUGGAACCUUCCACAGUCAGCUUCAGACGUCAGACCAAUGACGUUUAACAUACAUCUUAAGGACGAACGCAAGGUUCGAAACAAGAAACGCUGGAGUCAAAUCAUGUACAUGUCCUACGUGAUCGACUUCCUGGUGACCUCGAUUGAUGAAGACUGCUUCAUCCUGACGACGGAUGGUGACGUCGCAUUUACUCCAGAAUCGGUGGAAGCGCUUCUUGAUCUCAUGACACGUGACCCCACUGUUGGUGCAGUAUGCGCACGCACCCACCCAAUCGGAAGUGGACCUCUGGUAUGGUAUCAAGUGUUCGAGUAUGCAAUAGGACACUGGUUUCAGAAGGCAGCAGAACAUGUUCUGGGGUCGGUGCUCUGUGCUCCGGGGAGUUUUAGUGUGUACCGCUGUAUCGCCCUCAAGGAGAUCCUCACAGUAUACUCCACCAAUGUGGAACAUGCGUUUGAUUUCCUCACUAAAGACAUGGGAGAGGAUCGCUGGCUGUGUACUCUCAUGAUUCAGAGCGGCUGGAGAAUUGAGUACUGCGCAGCCUCAAAUAACUCCACGCACUGUCCUAGUGACUUUGAGGAGUUCUACAAACAGCGUCGACGUUGGAUCGCCUCCACCAUUGCCAACCUGAUGCUGCUGAUCAAACAGUGGAAGAUCAUUCGGCUGUUCAACUACCGAGUGUCACCGCUGUUUAUUGCUCUUCUCGUGUCAACUCUGAUUGGUCCAAGCAUGGUCAUCUUAAUUGUUUCAGGCGGUUUGUCAUUCGCCUGGGACGUGGCUCCUGUAAUCUCAGGGCUGCUUCAGCUCAGCAUUGCUGCCAGCUUCACCUUCAUCUGUCUCUUCACGUCGGAGAAGACGCAGCUUCUGACUGCGAAGCUGCUGACGUUCCUCUAUGCUAUUGUGAUGGCGGUGGUGAUUAUAGGGGCGGCCAUAAACAUAGCAGAUGAGCUGAACAAAAAUGGUGGACCUGGAUUUCAAGUAUUAACGGAGAACCUUCAACUUUUUGGCAAUGGAUCGGGUACCCAAAAGCCUCCAGGGGAAGCUUUUCUUUCCGCCGACAAUGGGAGCAGUACGAAAGUGUCACCAACCACAAUCUACCUGUGGUCAAUCUUUUCCGUGUUUGUCUUCGCUGCCGUGCUUCACCCUAGAGAGUUUGUGUGCCUCAUAUAUGGCAUAUGUUACCUUCUGUGUCUACCAUCCGGGUACCUGCUGUUGAUGAUCUACAGCGCGUGCAACAUUCCAGACAGGAGUUGGGGAACCCGAGAGAAGAAAAACUAUGGAGACGUUAUGGGCGAACCGGGAUACAAGCGACUUCAGAAGAUAAUGGAGAUCCUAUGUUUUUGCUGUAUCAAACGUGGAAUCUCCACUGACAAGACCCUCAAAAUUGAAGUGCCUCCGUUUGAGAAAUGGGCAUCUAACGAGGAUCUAAAGCCUGGCGCCAGCAGUGAACCACGGUCGGCGGAUGUCGAUGACGAUGACGACCAAGAUGAGUACCUGUCCAUCCCAGUUGAGGAGUGGCUUCCCACGGAACUAAAGGAGUACAGCACAUUGUUCAGACAGUAUGGGUAUGACAGCACUCUCUUCAUAUCUGAUAUGACUGAGAAAGAGCUGUAUAACAUCGGCAUCAAGGACAAGGGGGCGCGCCAGGAUCUGCUGCAGAUGAUCGAGAUACUGCCUGCAUUUGAGAUAGAAUACGGAGUACCGAAUAGUGUUAUGGAAUGGCUGGAGACUAUAGGUCUGGCUGAGUAUGAGCAGAACUUCAGGAAGAACCGCAUCGAGAAGGCCAAGGAUCUCAGCAUACUGAAGUCAUACGGGAGAAAGGAGAUAGAGAAGGAACUGAGGAUUACUAUGGCCGGUCACAUCAAACGGUUGCUGUAUGCUAUACAGAAGCUGAGGGAACCAACUAAAGCUGAGGAGAAGGCUGCCGAGAUGAAAGCUCUUGUUGACAGUACACAAAAACAACUCCUCAGACAUGUCAACAUAGCCGAAUGUGAUUUCUGGAGACAGCUGAUCGACGAGUGCCUGAAACCAACUAGCAAAACAUUCGGUAUUGAGGCCGAGCUGAAAGGUAGACUAGGAGAGCUGAGGAACUCGUGGCUCAUGGUUCUGGCUGUCAGCAACUCAUUGUGGCUCAUUCUCAUCAUCACUUUGGCAGCUAAAACCCAGUUCAAAAUCUUUGGUGCGAACUCAUUAGGUCUGAGCUUCCUGCUGAUAUUCGGCACCCUGCUGGUGAUACAGUUUCUGGCCAUGAUCAUCCACCGCAUCUCAACGCUCGUCCAUUUCGUGGCCAGGGCACCGUUCAAAUAUGGCGAACCGAUGGCGACCUCCUGGUCCUUCGAAAGCCAGCUCGUGCCUCAUGAUCCCGAGUUCCAAGACGACGUGGAGACAAUACGAGCAGUAACGGAUGAUGAGUCAAGACACCAGGAUGCAGAAAGGAGACAUAUAGAUUCUUCUUCUGGGAGUAUUUCUGCCACAGCUCCACUGUUGAGUACUUCAACCCAAAGAGAGCUCAAAACACCACCCUUUUAAACUGAGGGGUUAAGCUUCGAUGAACGAUUGUUUUUCUUUCCCGAGUGAAUUAUCAUGUGGGGUGUGCCUUGCCGCUAUUUCUGUAUAUUUUGAUUGUUUUCACCUGUCAGGAACAAUAGUGUCGCAAGUAUUGAUAUACCUGAGUAUGUAGGAUAUCAAUGCAUCAAAACUACAAUUGCUGAAGUAUUUUUGUCAUCAAGCAUAAUGUUGUAUCAAUAUUGUAUUGCCUUCCUUAAACUCUUUGACAUAGUGGUUGGAAAUUACAACUUCAAAACGUGGAGAAUAUUUCCUGUAUUCACAACAGCCAUUUCUUUGAGAAGGCAAAUACAAUUCCAAAGUUUUCAGACGUACUUUCCACGUAAAUAGUCUUGGUUGAAUAUACAUCCUUUUUCACUCAGUGAUGGCUUGUAACGACUUAGUUUCACUGUGUGGUAAAAUGAAGGUCCAUGUGUUUCAUAUCACACACUACUACUGCUCGUAACUGAAUACAAACAUAAAACAUAACCAGCUUCUUCUUUUAAGUCGGAUAAAACACAAAGAGGUAAACUGAAAAAAAAGAUGGAGUUUCUCUUGUUUGGAUAAAUUAGCAUAAACAUAUUUGUCUUUACAAUACUGUUAUCCACAGUUUCCUUGCCACAAACUAUAACCUUUACCACUACAAACUCAGGGUGCACUUGCUGUUAAACACGUAAAGCACAUGGGUAGAUCGAAAAAGUUAUUUUCAAGGCAUCCGAAAGAUCUGAUAGAUACACGUCAAUGUGUGUUAUAACAGAUGAUAAGGUUAUAAAAGCAGAACUGCUAGAUUUUUCUAUUUAUAACUGUGUGAUAUAUGAAUUGUAUAAUAAAUGCAGCUUCAAAGGGCUGUCUCCCCCUCCUUCGUUAUACUUGAAAAAUGUGUCAUGUGUAUUCCAACCAAUUGUUCAGGUAUAUGUCCAGGAUUUCAAUGAUGUUUUAAUACAUCAUCUUCCUUUGUACUAGAUUAUUUUGAGAUGAUAUAAAGAUGUGCCUUACGAAACCGUUCGCUCUUGUUCCAGAAAUACAUUCCAUUGAUUCGAUUAGCAUCAACCAACCAAAUCUUCCUCAGGUAGAAAAGCGCAACUAAC